AUGGCGGGGUUACCCCCCCCCGCCCCGCCUCACGAGGGGCCUCCGCCGCCGCUGCCACUCGGCGGGACGGGCGGCGGAGCUCCGCGGGCGCGCCGCGACCUGUACGAGGUGCUGGGUGUCCCGGCCACGGCGACGGCGGCGCAGAUCAAGACGGCGUACUACGAGCAGUCGUUCCGCUACCACCCCGACCGCAACGCCGGCAGUGCCGCCGCCGCCGCCCGCUUCGCCGCCGUUAGCGAGGCCUAUCGGGUGCUCGGCAGCGCCGCCCUGCGCCGCAAGUACGACCGCGGUCUCCUCAGCCGCGAGGACCUGCGCGGCGCCCCACAGCCCAAGGGCCGCCCGCCCGCUCCACCCGCGCCGCCGCCCCCGGCCCCCGCGGCCGCCCGCCGUGGGCCCGUCCCGCCGCCCUUCGACUUCGACGCCUUCUACCGGGCGCACUACGGGGAGCAGCUGGAGCGGGAGCGGGUGCUGCGGGCGCGGCGGGAGCAGCUGCGCCUCCGCCGGGAGGAGGCCGCGGCCCAGGGACGCUUCCGGCUCCUCUCCGACCUCUCGGUCGGGCUCAUCUUCUUCCUGGGUUUCGCUAUCCUCUACGGCCUCAAGUGACAGCGGGGCCACUGCAGGGCAGGGUAGCCACCGGGGCACCCACAUAGCUCCACUGCUGCUGUGGGACGGAGUGUCACCGGUGGGUAUGGCAGCUGGCUGGGGGGCGUUUCCUGCACCCGCACAGCUGGCAGGCACCAUGUGCAGGCUCUGCUCCUCUGGCCAUGACAUUUCAUCUCUGCUGGCGUGACCUCCAGAUACAGUACGUGACCAGCAGGCACCAUGCGUGGGCUCUGCUCCUGAGGCUGAGACAUGUCCCUUCUGCCAGCGUGACCUUCAGAGAUGGUGCACAGCUAGCAGGCUCCUUGUGCGGGCUCUGGUCCGUGGGCUGUGACCUGACCCCUCUGCCAGCAUGACCUUCAGACAUGGAAGGCAACCGGCAGGCCCAAUAUAUGGCUGCGAUGUGACCUCUGCAAGUGUGACCUGCAGACAGCAUGUGACCACUGGCUACCGCAUGUGGGCUCUGCUCCACAGGCUGUGAUGUGCCCCUGCCACCAGCGUGACCUUGCAGACGUGGCUUGACAGGCUGCUAUGUGCCCCCUCUGCCAAUAUGACCUGCAGACAGUGCCUGACAGGUAAAUGUGGUUUGUGGACUCUGCUUUGUGGAGGGGACGUUGGCACUGCUGUUUGACCUUGGUGGGAACCAUGUGCCUGGUCUAAGCUACAGCAGAGAUUAAAUGGCUGUCAGUGGUGUUUGUGUGCUGUGUGUGUUCGUGUGGGGUGCUCUCACCAGUGCCGAGUUAAGGCUCUCUGUGGUUUUCUGUUAAUCCGAGACCUGCCACCUCUGUGCUGUCACAUCUGUUGGUACUACAUCUUUGGGGAAUUUUAGGGGUGUUGGUCUCCAAACUGCAUCAUUGCCCUCGUCUG